CCUAAACACAUCUUCACUUGCGGACUCUAUUAAAUUGCUUUUAGGUAUACAGGACAUAACUGAGGUAAAAAGAUGACAGACAGACAGAUGCCAGUGCAGAGAGUUUCUCUCCAUGUUCCUCCCCUCAAUGAGGUUGCGACAGUUUUACAGAAUGCUUAUGAGAAGCACUACUCCAGUGUUAGUGUGAAUGUGGUUGAUUGCCCAGACCUAACCCAGUCCCCCUUUAAUCUAGCUGCUCCAGGUCUAUGUGGUAAAACUGCAGUGACAGAUGUGGGGGGUGUACCCAAUCUUCAUCCUUUAGUGGACAGAUCUAAGAUCUACAGUCUAGAUAGGGUGGCCAGGCAAGUGGAGAUUGAUGAUGUAUUCCUGGUGGGUGCUGGGGCGGGUCCCUGGCAGACUGAGGGUGUCAACUGUGAGAUGGUUACCAAUAUAAAGACAGGGGCAGAUGCAAAAAACAACACCCACAUAUCGAAAGUGGACCCCAGUGAUGGCUCUUGUAUACUUAAGAAACCAGAGGGCACUGAUUUUGCUCUGAUGGCUAACUUAUUCUGCUCACAAGGAAAACCAGGAAAGGUCUUAGAAAUCAAGGUCAGGUGUGGAACUUCCAAGGUUCGUAACUUCAUGAACGUUGCAAGACUCGGCCUCCAGGCUCAGUACGGAGACAAACCAGUGGCUCUUGGGGGAACUUUCCUGGUGGAGAAGGGGAAAGCACACAUUCAUAUUAUGAAUGACUUUUUAACGACACCAUUAGAUUCAGAUGAGAAAGUUGAAAAAUGGCUUAAUUUCUAUGAGAUGUCUUCUCCCCUAGUCUGUCUUGGGUAUCUUAUUUCACAUGACCCAGAUCUAGACCUACGUAUCGAACACUUCCAUUGCUUUAGUGAACAUGGUGAGGGGGGUCACUACCACUGGGAUACCACCCCCCAGGAGGUUGAAUAUAGGGCAUACUUCAAUGUGGCAGAGAACAUAUAUAGGAUAGAUAGACCAACAGUCUCUCAUCAGAUUGGCAGGGAUUAGGUGUAACAUUGAAAUAUAACUGUACUUCUACUUAAUUUGCGGAUUUGCUGUUUUGAACAUGUAAAAUAUGAAAUAUUGAAUUUAGCGGCUACUUAAUUUGGUGGACUAACAAUUUGGCGGAUCCACCAAACUAAAAGGGCCACCGAAUUGAAUAUAAUUACAGUAAAUAUGGAUUGUUUUAUUAUUUGCAACAUAAUGAGCAGGAUAAUUGUGUUCCAUGCAUUUACCAGUCAUACAUGUGAGAGGUUGAUUGGUUGUAAUAUAUAUUGGACAAAUAAUAAGACAAUCUCAGGAUUAUACCUAAUAAAGUAUUAUGCAAAAUACUCCAAAUGUGCAUUAUGCAAGAUGAAAUGAAAACUACAUUUAUGACAAUUUGAUCUCGUUCAUUCAAUAUAGAACUCUCAAUGAUCUAUACAACCAUUGUACAACCUGGGUCAGGGGCUUGACUCCUUGGACUAAAAUUCUUUCAAAAUCAUGUAGCUUUUCACCAUUUGGAGCACUUUCCAAAUGAUUUUGUGCCAAAAUUGUCAAAAUUAGUCCCCUUGGAAUUUUUAAAUCUGAUUUUGGGAACAUAGAAAUUAGCCAACUUGUUCAACAGGGGUU